AUGGCUAGGAAGAGAAAGGUCAGUGAAAGUGUUGAGGACAAGAACUCUAGUGAAGGAACCAUGGCUUGGGAUGAGAUGGUCAAGGAAGCUGCAGCAGCAGCAGCACUAGGAGGAGCUAGGAGAGCUAGGAAGCGAUUUGUUGGUGUCCGACAAAGGCCUUCAGGUAGAUGGGUGGCUGAGAUUAAGGACACCAUACAAAAAAUAAGGGUGUGGUUAGGCACCUUUGAUACUGCUGAGGAAGCAGCAAGAGCCUAUGAUGAAGCUGCUUGCUUGCUUCGCGGUGCCAAUACAAGAACAAACUUCUGGCCUUGUUUGCCGACUUCUUCGACAACUCCUGCUCUUCCAACGAAGAUUACUAACCUUCUUCUCCAAAGGCUUAAAGCAAGAAAUAACUCUUGUGGUCCUUCCACAACCUCUCAGGUUCCCCACAGUCAGCAGGAAAAGCAAGUGGAGGAAUACAGAGAACCAGAAACUGAUAUCUCAGACACCCAGUUCGCUGAUUUCCUUGAUGAUCCUGAAUAUUACACCAUGUGCAACGAUAAUAUCCAAAAUGCUAAUGCAAGUGAAAUUGAUGGAAUGACAACAGUUCUUGAGUCAUGCUUAGCAGAGAAAGAAGAUAGUGGGGGAAAAGGAUUGGAGUUUGACUAUAACUGGAGUGAUGUAGCACAGUCCUCUAGCGGUGAUGGUAACAACUUGGGAGGUGAAGGAGAAGAAGAGGGUGAAGAAGGGACCGAUAUCGGAGCUUUGGAUUUCCAUUUCGUUGAUGAUGUUGAAUCUUCUUGUUACUACUCUGCUUUUGAGAUUGCUGAAGAGAUUGAGGAGCUAGUGGAGCCAGAGUACUACGGUGACGAGCCUUCUAUGCUUAAAGCAGCCAUGAAGAGGAUGAAGUAUGAGAGGAAGUUCUCAGCUUCUCUCUAUGCUUUUAAUGGAAUUCCCGAAUGCUUAAAGUUGAAGCUUGGAUCAGGAAAUGUGAAGGGGAAAGGACGCUCUGAUCAAUUAACCAAACUUCGGAGUGCAUGCAACAAGAAGAAAGAGGAGAAUAGAUCAGAAGAAGAAAGCGUGGAAGUGAUGCUGAAACAGGAUGACUACUUGCAAAGUUCAAUCGAAAUGGGAUCUUCUUCUUCUUCCUCCCCUUCUUUGAGCAAUGAUGGUGAAUUAUCUCUUUGGAGCACUCUCGAUCUACCACCAAUCUGCAUCAUCAACUAA